AUGGCUACCACUACUUCUGCAUCGACGCCGAAGAAAGUUUCAUCAGAAACGCAAACGAUCGACUCGUUGGACGCUUUGUUGAAAACAAAUAAUAUAUUUUUAUUCAUACCGAAUAUCAUUGGUUAUAUACGAGUUUUUCUUUCGAUUGCUUCGUUCUAUUUUAUGCCGACGCAUCCGAAAAUAACAAUAUUUUGUUAUUUAACUAGCGAAUUUCUCGAUGCACUUGAUGGACAUGCCGCUCGAGCACUUGGUCAAAGUACAAAAUUCGGAGCUAUGUUCGAUAUGCUGAUUGAUCGAUGUUCAACAAUGUGUUUAUGUUUUGUUUUGGCAAUGUUCUACCCGAAAUGGGCAUUAUUCUUUCAGCUUUGGGCUGCGAUUGAUGUUGCUAGUCAUUGGCUUCAUUUACAUGCUGCAACUGUCAAAGGUUCGGAGAGUCAUAAAAAAAUUGAUUUAUCUGGUAAUCCGAUUCUUCGUCUUUAUUAUACCUCACGAAAAGUUCUUUUUACCAUGUGCGCUGGAAAUGAACUCUGGUUUUCAAUGGUCUACAUGCUUCAUUUCGGCGAAGGUCCUGCGAUACUCACAAUCGGCAAAUAUGCCCUUGGUCUUUGGCGUGUGAUUCUGUACGCUGUGACACCGAUUAUGGUUGGAAAACAAAUUAUCAGUUUGAUUCAUUUGUAUACCGCCUCGCUUGACAUGGCUGCACUUGACGAAGCUGAACGCGCUAAAACUGCCAAAGCCAAAUAA